UUCACUGUAACCGGGACCAGAGUAGAGUCGUUAAAGUGCAUCCCGGACUGACCUCAUGAUGGAGGCGGACAGUUGUUUAUCUUUCUCUUCGCAGCCAAACCGGACAACACUGAAUAGCUCUCCCGGUUUGGAUCAGAAUAGUUCUGGAGGUUCGUUCCUUCCCUGCGAUGAACUACAGAAAAGUACACAUCUUCCUCUCGCUCACCGUCUGAGUCUCCGGGAUCAGGGUGACUUCUACAGCUCAAGCUCCAUGGGACGGUUUAACGACGGCGCGCCCGCGGACUUUACGCACGGGGCAGCCUCCACGAAUCCUCGCGCCUUGCCCAACAAACACAGCAAAUACAUGGAAAAUAUGAAUCAGGACCAAAAGGUUUUAUCAGUAAGCGGGAAGGGCUCGUUUUAUGACAAUUACUCGGAGGCCAGAGAGAAGGCGGGUCCCAAGCCCAUGGGCUAUCCCGUGAUUGGCUCAGACUGCUGCAUCAAGCUGAAGGAGCCAACCAACGGUCUCCAACCAGGGGACUCCAUAGCAGACUCAAUCGACCUAUCGGGCAAGAACAAGAAACGUCGUAACCGUACCACGUUCAGUACCUUCCAGUUGGAGGAGCUGGAGAAAGUGUUUCAGAAGACUCACUACCCUGAUGUUUACGCCCGGGAACAGCUGGCCCUCAGGACCGAACUCACAGAGGCCCGUGUACAGGUGUGGUUCCAGAACCGCCGGGCCAAGUGGAGGAAGAGGGAACGCUAUGGGAAGAUCCAGGAGGUGCGAAACCACUUUGCUGCUACGUAUGAUAUCUCUACGUACCAGAUGCAGAGCAACCUGUGGCCAGGUGCAGGAGGGGGGUCCGGCGGGGGCUGUGUCCUGGGCCCUGACACCAUGUCUUCCUCCUGUAUGAGCCCUUACCCCCAUCCCCACAGCAACCUCCCCUCUGUGGGCUUUAUGGGCAUGCCCCCGUCUUCCAGCCACCCACACCACCCUCACCAUCACCCCCAACACCACCCUGGCAUCAACGGCCUCUACUCCCUCCACAGCUUCCCUGGGGCCCUCGGGGGCCACUCCUUUGAGCCGGGGCCCGAGACAGAGUAUAAGUCAUCCAGUCUGUUGGCCAUGCGGAUGAAGGCUAAGGACCCUGGGAGUCUUCUAUCCAGGCCCACAUGACCACCACAGUGUCAGGGUCAGAUCCCUACUAUGUAUUGACUGAGCUAAUGCAUUCACACACACAUUCAAACUCAAUCUUGUAUACUAGCAACCCGAUGGAUGGUUAUGGCCACAUGUAUUUGUGUUCCUGCAUGUUGAAAUGACAGCAGAAGUCAAAACUCUACAUGCAUGCACACACACACACACACACACACGUAUAAUUAACCUUGUGGGGACACAUAAUUCAUUCCCAUUCAGAAUCCUAUUUUCCCUAACCCUAAACCUAACCCUUACCUUAACCCCAAAACCUAACCGUAACCCCAAACUAACCCUAGCUCCUAACCCUGGUCGAAAACUAGCUCCUAACCCUGGUCAAAUAUUAGCUCCCAACCCGAAAACUAACCCUCGCUCCUAACGCUAAACCAAAUUCUAACCCUAACACUGAUUGGCUCAAACCUUGACCGGAAACCACCUAGAAAUAGCAUUUGACCUUGUGGGAACUAACAAAAUGUCCCCAGUUUGUAAAAAUGUUGAUUGAUCUAAAAUAUUCCUGUGGUGACUUCUGGUCCCCACAAGUAUAGUUAAACACACACACACACACACACACACACACUUUCAACAUACACCUCCGCUACUUUCCUCCAAAUAAUGUAACAUUGCCGUAAACCCACAGACUUCAGACCGUGACAGGACCGACCAUUUGUUUGAGUUUGUUAGGCCACCAUCAGGCACAAAACCUGCCAUUUUGCAGACAUUUUUAUUGAAUCCAGAUUUGAGCAUUAUCACAAACAUAGUGAGACCAAAGAAUAUAAAAACAAUAUUAUUUAAAUAUGUAAGAUGUAGAUGCUAAUAAAGUACAGUACCAGUCAAAAGUUUGGACACACCUACUCAAUUCAAGGGUUUUUCUUUAUUUUUUACUAUUUUCUACAUUGUAGAAUAA